AUGGAUGAGGAAAAUACAAAUGCUGGUGGAAACCCUCCUACACCAACUGCAGAAUCAACCACUGUUGCUAGUUCUACCAUUACCACAAUGCCUGCCAAAAAUUCUGGUAAAACUCGUCCAUGCCCUAGUAUUAAUUUAGAUAAAAAGAAAUCUGAGGUUUGGGAACACUUCACUUUACUUGAUGAUUGUGAACCUGAUAAACCUAGGGCUGUUUGUAAUUAUUGUGGUAAGGAUUAUGGUGCUCGUGGAAAACAAGAUGGAACUAAUAAUAUGUGGAACCACCUUAAGCAUCAAUGUAUGAAGUCUCCUAUUAGGCAAGUGGACAAAAAACAAAAAAUACUCUCUUUUGUUAAAAAAGAAGGAGAGGAAAAGGAACAUAAUGGUCGAAGGAUUGGAUCUCUCAAAGCAUGUGGAGAAGGAAGGGUUUAA